AUGGCUCCCAAGUGCGCCGCCCUGGCCGCGGGCUCCGCCGCCGUGGUCCUCCUGGGCGCGCCGGCCUUCACCGCCAGCCCGGGCGCCAACGGCCACGCCGCGCCCACGCGCGGCUGCGGCCAGGGCCCUCAGGGGCCCCUGGCCGCCGGACCCGGCGUCGCGGCCUCCGCAGUGGGGCUGCUGGCGCUGGGCGCCGCCGCCAGCCGCGCCAAGAAGGUGGCUCGGGCCGCGGUGCUGACAAAGGACGACCAGGGCCGCUUCCGCUUCGACGCGCCCGAGGUGCCCCUGGUGCCGCAGGAGCAGCCUGGUGCCGUCGCACCCCUGGGCUUCUUCGACCCCCUCAAGUUCAGCUCCAGCGGCCUCAUGACCUUCCCGGGAGACUCCACCGGCUUCAAGCAUCUUCGCGCAGCGGAGAUCAAGCACGGCAGGUUUGCCAUGAUGGCGGCCGUCGGCUCCGUGUACGCGCACUUCUACAAGAUCCCCGGCUUCGAGGAUGUGCCGACGGGCCUCGCGGCUCUCCAGAACGCCAAGGGCCUGGAAGGCUUCUCGCUCCUUCUCUUCUUGAUCGCCGGCCACGAGGCGGUGACCUGGAAGCCCGUCAAGGAGCCCGGCAGCUUCGGCGACCCCUUCAAGUGGAACCAGUACACCCCGGAGAUGCGCACCAAGGAGAUCAACAACGGACGCAUUGCCAUGUUUGCAAUCAUUGGCCAGAUUGUUGCUGAGCUCCAGACCGGCAAGGGACCAGUGGAGCAGUUUCUGAGUUCUUGA